AUGAAUUCCUCACAUCUCGUAGUUUGCCUUUUAAAUGCAUUUUUAUCCUACACCGCCACCAUGUUAAACAUUGUUACAAUCCACGCCAUAAGAAAAACUUCCUCAUUGUCAAAGAACUUAAAAACAUUGCUCCUGAGUCUUGCUGUUUCUGACCUUGGUGUUGGUUUACUAGCUCAGCCAAUGACGGUGGUACAUCUUAUCUCUACGAACUUGAACGAAAAUAAUGAAACUAGUGAGACCUAUAAUGCCACCUAUACCGCGUACCUUAUCCCAGCGAAUUUAUUUAUUUUCACUACGCUGUUUCUCGUCAUUGUUCUUUGUGCAGAGAGAUUUAUAGCCAUUCAUUAUUACCUUGGAUAUCGAGAACUUGUGACACACAAGCGGGUGGCUGCUGUUGUCGUCUCAAUUUGGGUAUUAAGCGGACUGUUUUCGUUGAUGAGGUUGUGGAUCCCAAAGAGUAUUAUGUACUUGGUUUUUGGCAUUACAGAACUUGCAUGUAUUAUAGCUGCCACUUUCUUCAGUAUCAGAAUUUACUCGUCCGUGCGACUUCACGUAAACCAAAUUCAACUGCUGCAGCUAAAACAAGCAUCACAGACCGGUAAAAUGGCUAACAUUACAAUGCUGAGGAAGUUUGCGAUGAUGUCAGUUUACGUUUCCCUUGUUUUGAUGGUUUGCUAUCUGCCAGACAUUUGUACACUCUUUGUUAUUGCCUUCACUUCUAGACCAAGCACUAGCAUAAAGCAUUUACAGUUUUACGCUGUGACACUGGUCUUCCUUAAUUCGUCGCUUAAUCCUGUGAUCUACUGCUGGAAGAUGAAACACAUCCGACACACGAUCAUUGGCUUAAUACGAAAUGUAUUUACGAAGCAAAAC